CCUACUUCAAUAUAGAAAAGUUUAUGAAAGAAAAAAAGAAAUGGAAUGAAUCCAACGCGCAACAAACAGUAACAAAGUUGGAGAAAGCUGUUUGCAUAUGGAAAUUGAAGAUGGAUGAAGGAAUGAAAGCCAAAUGGACUCUGAGAAGGGAUCGUAUUCAAAAAUAUUCUGUUCUUUUAAGAAGGGCAGAUGCUGCUAUUCGAGUUUUGAAACAGCGUUUCCCAUAUAUGCUUCAAACAGAACUUGAGCAAUCAAAAAUAUUUCACAAUACAGAGAUUGGCAAGGCAGGUCUUGAAGUCUAUUCUCGAGUGCUUGAGAGUCGUGCGGGAAUAUUGGCUGAUAGGAUUUCUUAUCUGUUGAAAAAAACGAGUCAUAAAUAAAGUAUAUAUACAAGAAUAUCUAUUUUGUUCAGUUCAAUUGAGAAUUUUGCG